AAACCGAUGGAUCAUGGAUGCAUGCAUCCGAGUCCUAGCUUGCACAUCACUGGCACAGGGCUUACAGCCAUUGCCAUACUGAGCGGUUCAGAGGAGGAGAAGCAGCAUAUGGGCCACAUGUUAAUCUGGCACAACGUGCGUGAUAAUCCUGAAAUCCAUUAGGAAGCAACCAAAACGAUUAAUCGGUAGUUCUCAUGAUGCACGGGUCCUAAUCAUCAGCCAUUAAGCAGGCCGGACAGUAUGGCAGCACACUCUGCUUUGAUCUCUCCAGUAGUCCAGUCACCCCCGACAACAGGCAAAUAGGUUGGCCCCAGAGAGAUUGAAUCAAGAUCACAUCGAUAUCAUGGCCAUACACUUGCAGUUAGCACUGCAUGUUCAGAACUCAUGGCCAUGUCCCUUGCCAACUUGUCUCCCAUGAUAGCGUCGCCGCACCUAGACUGCAUGCAUUGCCCUCCUUUCUCCCAUCUCACCUAUAAAUCCAUCGGUUCAGAACCACAUCUACCACAGCUUCCAUCACAAAGCAAAGCACCACAACAAGCUAACUUCCAUCCCUGGCAUACCUCACACACAGAACUCACUGAACACCAUGGUCAGCGCCAAGAGGCUCGCUCAGAUGGCCAAGAAGUGGCAGAAGAUGGCGGCCAUGGGGAGGAAGAGGGUCACUCGGACUACAUCGACCGCAAAAAGAGCCGCCGAUGAGUGUUGCACGACAUCGCCGGUGGCCGUGAAGGGCCACUGCGUGGUGUACACUGCCGAUGGAGCGCGCUUCGAGGUGCCGCUAGCAUACCUCGGCACGGCGAUCAUCGGCGAGCUCCUGGGUAUGUCCCACGAAGAGUUCGGCUUCACGAGCGACGGAAGGAUCACCCUGCCGUGCGAUGUGGCGGUCAUGGAGUACGUCAUGUGCCUGCUUAGAAGGAACGCAUCGGAAGAGGUUGAAAGGGCUCUCCUGAGCUCCGUGGUCAAGAAUUGCCACCAGGAUAGAGUCUUGGAGCCGUCCAUGGGAAUUAGAUCAGUAGCUGCUUGUAGUUUCUGAAAUCCACAAAGGGGUCUUUUUAGACUUCUUAGCCAUUAUUUAGGAUGAUGUAAAAAAAAAAUUUCAUAUGGGAGAUAGUGAAUGGAACUAUAGUACGUAAAUGUAUGUUCUGUUUUCACAGCAUAGUUGAGACUCGAGUUCUGCGGCUACGGAUGUGAUAAGUUAAGCUAAGGCUCAAUUGCAUAA